GGAUCUGCCCCGGAUUUUGCAUUGCACUCGCCCUUGAACUGAACUUCUACACACCAAAGGCUACUAAACCAAACCCUUUCAACUUCAACUCUUCACCCAAAAGUCAUCAUGAAGACCGCCGCUUUCAUCGCCGUCGCCCUCUCCGGCCUUGCCCUCGCUGCCCCCAGCAUGAAGCGCGCUGGCACCGAGUGGAAGGACCUGACCGACCUCAAGUACGCCAACUCGGUCCCCGUCUCUAUUGCAAAGGGCGACCGUACCGCCGUCAAAACCGCCGCCAAGCGCGCCGCUGAUGUCGCUGCCGCCGUCCCCGUCAAGGACCUCCGCAACCUCAAGUACUCCCACGACAUGCCCAUUGCGAAGAAGCCCGCCUCCGCAUAAGCGAGCCUCAACCUCUUGCGAUGUGAGGAGCUUCCUUCUUGUAUAUAAACUUUUUUGAUGACGCAACCACAUUCUUACGCCUGCGUAUCGGGCUGUUGAAAUACUUUGUCGCCGCCAGUUGUACAUAUUGUUGUUGGCGAUGAUGUCGAUGCGCUAGAUGUGGAUGUAUAU